AUUGAUUGAUUGAUUACACACUUUCAGGUUUGUAUCUAUAAGGAACGGUUGUAAAUGUUCCUUAUAGAUGCACUCAUCACAGUCAUAUUAACUUAGAUAUUCAUUAAUGAUCAGGAACAUGGCUCAACCCUUUAACACACACCCUCUUCCUGUCAAGAGACUGUGAAACUCUUACCGUACCGCAAGCAUUACCCUAGAAGAGAACCAAGUGCAGCUAUAGCAAUGGAAAACAUCACUUGUCCACCAUUUGACUCUUCUUAUUUCAGAUACUUCCUUUUCACUUUGGUGUACAGCAUUGUUCUUAUGCUAGGUUUGCCCUUAAAUGGGAUUUCUUUGUGGAUUUUCUUCAGAAGAAUGGGGCUCCAUUCUGUACCAGCCAUUUACAUGGCCAACCUAGCACUGUCUGACCUUCUCUUUAUCAUUUCUCUACCUCUGAGGAUCUACUACUUUGCAACAGCUCACUGGCCAUUUGGAGAUGCCAUGUGCAUGAUACCAGGGACAUUGUUUUCAGUGAAUAUUUACUCCAGCUCCUUCUUCAUCAGCUUGAUCAGUCUGGACCGGUUCCUCGCUGUCGUGUAUCUGUUGAGGUCACGUGCUCUUCGAACCCCAGGGUUUGCCAGACUGGCCUGUGGGAUGGUCUGGCUGUUAAUUCUGGCAUUAGGCAUCCCCAUCGCGCUGAACCACAGGACAAAUAAAGAUGCCUGCAACAUCACCCGCUGUUUUGAGUCUUAUUCUGAGAACAACUGGAAAUUUGGAUUUGUUAUCUGUCUCGUGACAGGGUUUGGAAUAAUCGUUCCGCUUGUGAUCAUCGCGUUGUCCACCAUGCUGGUGAUAAAGACUCUGCACACCCGCAGGGUUGGCUCCACUGUGUUUAAAAAGCACAAGAUCAUCUGGAUGUUCAUCAUGAAUCUGCUCAUGUACGCCGUGUGCUUUGUGCCCUUUCAUGUUGCAUUCAUACUGUAUGCUUUACAUAAGCUGAAGUACCUCCAGUACAAUUUCUUUGAUGCUCAAACAAUUACAAUGUGCUUAGCCAGCGUGAACAGCUGUCUGGACCCCCUCAUUUACUAUUUUACUGCUGAUGCUUUCUGGAAGAAAAAGCAUGAGGACACAGCGCCGACAUCAAUGAAAACAGUAUUACAGAAACAGUAAGCAUAUUACUUGCAAGCUUAUGUGAGUUAAUGCACAGUUCCACUCGGACGCAAAUGCUUGACAUUGUUACUGGAAUAGCCAGGUCAGUCUUGUGCAAUGCUAAGAGACUGCUACUUAAUUGGACUGCUUCUAAACGUGAUAUUAAUUGUACUUAAUGUGAUUACAUGGGAGCUAAAUUAGCAUUUUACUCCAGGAGAAAAGGAACUGUCUUGUUUCUAAGACGAUUGUUUUGUUUUGUUUAUUAGUUCAUAUUACAAUUAGCGAUGACGAAACAGCUGUUUCUUAUAUUUUAAACCAAAUGAUCAUCUCUGUCUCAUUCAGAAAUAUCAUAAUAGGUAGAUUAGUAGAUUAAAACUUUGAUUAUCCAAACUUCAGUUAUCACCCCCUGACCCCAGUUAGUUUAGAUAUUAGAGGCGGUACUGUUGUAUUUUAUUUAUUUUUUUCCACUGCAUGUUUUUAAAGAUAUCAUGGAAUGCUUAAUGUGACCCAGAGAGUAAUGCUACAGUUAUGCUUUCUGCUUAGGGAGAAGAUGAUGAAGAGAAUGACGGGGAGGGGAGGGAUAUAGUUAACUAAGCAUAAAUUAUAUAGAAUGCAUGCUGCAAAGCACUUUAGCAACUUCUCAAAAAUGCAUCUGGACUGUAAAUUGUGCUCCACCUCUUUCCUCCACUUUUAUUUACAGGCUCCUUCUCUUAUGGUAAUAUGCCACAUUGUGCAAGCUCUGUACAAAGUUUCACUUCCCCCAUAGCUGAGAAGGAAGUGGUUUAUUUUGGUUAACCCUUUAACAUUUUACUAGUUUGCAUUUUGCACCAUCAGUGUCAAACUACUGCAUAUGGAAAAUCUAUUUUGACUAUUUGACUUUCUGGGCUUCAGCUCAUGUUGUCUUUUCCAAAAAUAAAAAUACAUUCUUUAUAUAAUUUAAUGAACUGUAACAAAGUCUAUACAUUUUAGACUCCGGUUCCUAGAUUAGAUGCAACUUCUGGUAUUUGUUAAAAUGGCUAGCGAUGCUAGAUAAUGUUCUGCAGUAGUAAGGAAGUUUCACUUUAUAAAGAUGCUAUCUCAGUGUGACACAGACUGAUUGCAUGCUUCUUUCCAGUUUAUUUACAAUCUCAUCUUAUCCCUUCAGUUGCAGGCAAGAUAGUCUAAUAAGGACUAUUCAUUUAAGACAAGGAUUUUGCAAUCUUAAAUAAAAGAACAAUUUUAAGAAGAAGAAAAAAGUAUUUGAAGAAUGGGCUCAAGAUAUUAAUUAACUGAGAAACAGAAGAUAUUAUUGAGAUUCUAACAGGAGUGGUAGAGUGUUCACUCAAUACCCAAGUUGUUGUUUUUUCCCCUCUAAUACCUGUUUUAUUCCACAUGAUGUCCAUUAUUCUUCCUAAAUGAUAUGAAUGCACACAACAUCCUAAAGUAUGAAAUACAUUUCCAAUACCCAGCUUCAGUUUAAAGGCAGACGACAAAGCACAGUGUGAAGUGGUUUCACCUUUAUUCAGAUACGCCCUACUAGCAAACUAAAUAUACAUAUCGAAGAGGUGACCAUAUUACAGGCAUACAAUGUUUUUUUGUUCCCUUAUGACAACAAUUACUUUAGAGCAACGCCGAACCAAGGCUUUUCGUGGUCACAUAAAACAGACGAUAAAGGCAGGAUUCGGAAAGGUAACACACAUGCAGUCCAAAAUUAGUUGAUUUAAAAAGUAGGCGCAAGGCUUACAUUUCAAGACACUGGUGAAUGUGUACAGAUAUUCUCACCUCUGCUAUACGAGAACUGAUAGCAUUGCUGACGUAAUGUGACAACGGGAUUCAAAGACGAAUUAGGACUCUCCCUAUAUAUAUA